AUGUACUCUGACUCUACGGAAGAGAGUGCCGUCUCCGUCUGCUUCUUGGACCUCCAACUAACAGGUCCUCCCCCAACUACGCAGAUGUAUCUUCCCACAGAUGAGGAAUCCUCCUUCUCAGAAGCCCACGUGGCAUCGGUAAAGCAAGUUAGAAAGAGCUUGCCUUCUCCAAGCCUCUCUCCCUUCUCUUUCAGCACCUCCACCCCUUUCUGCUUCACCUGUACAGAUGCGGAGUAUUGA